CGGGAGGGAGGGGGAGAAGGGGGAAGAUGGAUGAUGACCAGGGCUGUCCGAGGUGUAAGACCACCAAAUAUCGCAACCCCUCGCUCAAACUGAUGGUCAAUGUGUGCGGCCACACGCUUUGCGAAAGUUGUGUGGAACUGCUGUUUGUUCGAGGCUCUGGAAACUGUCAGGAGUGUAACACACCACUCCGAAAGAGCAACUUCCGAGUGCAGCUCUUUGAGGAUCCAACAGUGGACAAGGAAGUAGAGAUUCGCAAGAAAGUGCUGAAAGUAUACAACAAAAGAGAAGAAGACUUUCCCAGUCUCUGUGAAUACAAUGACUUUCUUGAAGAGGUGGAGGAUAUUGUUUAUAAUAUGACCAACAAUGUGGAUUUGGAGAAUACUAAAAGAAGAAUGGAACAAUACCAGAGAGACAACAAGGAAGUUAUUUACAAGAAUAAGAUAAAAUUGACUCGGGAGCAAGAUGAGCUGGAAGAGGCCUUAGAACUUGAACGUCAGGAGAAUGAGCAAAGACGGUUGCGUUUACUAAAAGAAGAACAAAUGCAACAAUUGGCAAAAAAGAAGAAUAAGCAGGCUCUGUUGGAUGAGCUGGAGAGUUCUCAACUGCCAGCCAGCAUGCUUUUGGCUCAGCAUAAGGACCGGACUGCACAGUUGGAAUCGCAGUUGGAAACACAACGACAGGUCAAAUCCGUCACGUUCUCAACAGGCAUCAAAAUGGGUCAACAAAUAUCCUUGCAGCCACCACCAAAGAUAGAAGAGGCAUUAUAUGUUUACCAGCCAAUGCAAGUGGAGACAUAUGGGCCUAAAGUUCCAGAAUUUGAGCUGCUCGGGAGGCUUGGGUACCUGAACCAUGUACGUGCUGCUACACCGCAAGAUCUUGCUGGAGGCUACUCUUCUUCACUUGCAUGUUACCGUGCGCUACAAGAUGCAUUUAGUGGUCUCUUCUGGCAGCCCAGUUAGCCAUUUUUCCUAACUAAGAGAGAAGGCUUCAUGAUAGCUAUUGGAUUGAUACCAGUAGCUUUGACAGCCAGAUUUCUAUAAAACCAACUGUCAGCAACGCCACUGUUGAAUGGAAAACUGACACACAGCCAAAGAACUUAAACUUGGACAGCUGUUAGGAGACAGCAGCUGUAUUAAACUGAAAAAGAUUAGCAUUUUCUAUUUAAAAGGAGUGUGUCAAGAUCCUCUUACAGGAAGAAGGAGGCGCAGGCUAAACACUGUUGGUCACAAAUGUGUAAGCACCACUUGAUAAGAGUGUUUGACAUCUGAGAACUCAAGGUUGAGGAAGCACAAGUGUUUCACACAACAACAGUCCAAGAUGAUAGCAUUCCUAGUGUUCAUGGGAGUGACCUGUACAAAGAUAUGCAGUCCCUUUGCUUGUCCAAUCAACUGUAACAGUUUUCAUUUAUUUUGAUUAAAAUUCCUUGGUUCCUUUUUAAAUCCUGAGCUCCAUUAAUCACUUCAAUCUUAAUAUAAGUUAAAAGGUAAUUCUAAAUACAUAAGUGGUGCUGUGAAAUCCCAAAGUUCUAAUGUCGUUAUUAUAUACUUCUAUGCUGCAACUCUGGGAGUUACUAUUUACCAACCCAUUUCAACAUUAAUUAACCAAACAUAACUUGCUGAAAUUGUACUUAGAGUAAUUGAAAAGGAGUUGUUUUGAUUAGAUUUGAAUGAAUUAACUUACAUUUCCCGCAUCCUAAUACAGUACUGACUUGCCUUGAGUUUGAGAAAUGUUUGAAACAGCUGUGUACAACAUCCAGAUUUAGUUUUUUUCACAAAUGUCUGAGAUGCAUUUUUAACACAAGAAAGUUUGUAUCAUUGAUAUUAUCCCAAUAGAUACCAUAAUAAACAUACAACAGUUACCAUGUAUAUUCAGUAAAGAUACUUGGUAUUCUUAAAAGUCCAAAGGAAAGUAGUUUAUUUUCAACGUACUCUCCCGAGUGAGGUAAACACCCUCUAAGUAUAUCCUUUCUAAGAUUGAGUGUCCAAAACUCAACUCCAAACGAUGUCUGGCCAGUAUUCUAUAUAAACCCAGCUUGACCUUUUAUAUUCCAGAUCUUUUAUAAUAAAAGCCCAUAAUCA